UCCAAACAUUUCUACUGUAAUUUUCAAACAUUUUUGUUUUUUCUACUUCUUAGAUUUUCUAUGCUAAUUGUUUACCAGUAACCUCAACAUACGUACACUCGUACUUUUCAUUUACGUUCAUUUCCCUUGUCUUGUUUGAGGUACCAUGCUGUUAUUGAAAUUAUUUGUGGCCAUCGCAUUGGUGCUGUUUCACACUGUAGAAGCCAAGGGACCUCACCAGCAUAUCAAAUAUUACGAAGAGUUGAAGUAUGAUAGAUUGCAGCUUCUCGAACAACAUGAAAGAGUAAAAAGAUCAACUCAAAGCAGUAAUGGUGGCUUAGGACAUGUUAUGCUUCGAUUCCAAUCUCAUGGAGGGCAUUUCAAUAUCCGACUGGUGCAAGACAAGACAGUAUUUCAUGCAGAUUUAGAAUUGGUGGAUGGUGAAGGAAUUCCUAUAGAUUCAGAUGUCUCUCAUAUAUAUCAUGGAACAAUAUAUGGAAAGAAAAACAGUUUGGUUCAUGGUAACAUUAUCGAUGGAGUAUUUACUGGUGUUGUCAAAGAUCCUGAUCGUGGAACUUACUAUAUUGAAGAAGCAAAUGCUUUUUUCGAAGGAAAACCUCCGCUCGUUCGACAAAAUGGUCAUUCUGUAAUUUAUCAUGAAAAAGAUGUUGAUUAUCCACACAGGUAUGGCCCUCAUAAAACAUGUGGAUCUUCAUUCUCAGAUGUAGAAAAAUACAUGCAAAAAGUUCAAAAGUCUGCUGUUUUUUCAGGCGACGAAAAACAACAUCUCAGAAAAAAGCGUGCAGUCAGUUCAGAGAAAAACACCUGUUUAUUGUAUAUUCGAACUGAUCACAUGCUUUGGAAAAAAAUGCAAAGCAGAGAAAAAAUAAUCGGAAAAAUUUCUGAACAUGUGAAAGAACUGAAUACAAUGUAUAAUCCGACUGAAUUUAGUAGUUCCAGUGGGACAAUGAGGAAUAUUGGCUUCAUGGUUAAAAGAAUGAUGAUUAAUGAAACAACUGAUCCUAACGACUUGUUCUACAGUCCCAACAUUGGCGUGGAAAAGUUUUUAGAGUUGGCAUCGAGUCAAAAUCACAAUGACUAUUGUCUUGCUUACGUUUUCACUCACAGGGAUUUUGAUAAUGGUGUUCUGGGUUUGGCUUGGGUUGGUGGCGUAGGUAGCACAGGUGGAAUUUGUGAUAAAUACAGACAAUAUGAUGGCAAAGCAGGGAAAAGUUUAAACACAGGAAUCGUCACAUUUGAAAAUUAUGGAUCCACGGUGCCAUCCAGAGUUUCUCAUAUUACAUUUGCUCACGAAGUUGGUCACAACUUUGGUUCACCGCACGACUCUGGCUCUCAAUGUACUCCUGGUGAAAGCUUCAGAUCUGUUGGAAAUUACAUUAUGUUUGCCAGUGCAACGUCUGGACAGAAAGAUAAUAAUAGAAAAUUCUCUGAUUGCAGUAAAGGAAAUAUGAGUCGCGUCUUGGAAGCAAAAAAAGAUGAUUGUUUCGUUGAAUCUGAUCUUCCCAUAUGUGGUAAUGCAAUUCUGGAUGAAGGAGAGGAAUGUGAUUGUGGAUAUGCAGAUCAAUGUGAAGAAGUGUUCGAUCAAAAUUGUUGUUAUCCAGCUGAUGACAAAAAAAAUGGUUGCAAAUUGAAAUCAAAAGCAAAAUGCAGUAUUACUCAGGGACCAUGUUGUGACCCAAGCACUUGCAAUUUUCGAUCUUCGAGUUAUGUGUGCUCUCCUGAUGCUGAAUGUCAAAAAGAACAAACAUGCAGUUCUGAUAGUUAUUCUUGUCCAACUGCUGAACCAAAAGGAAAUGGAACAGUUGAAUGUAAUUAUGGAACACAAGUUUGCUGGGCAGGAGAAUGCUCACGUUCCAUUUGUGAAAAAUAUGGCUUGGAAGAAUGCAGUUGUAAAGUACCAGAGAACGGAGAUACGUCCAUUGCUUGUCACGCUUGCUGUCAGACUAAAUCUAUGCCAGAUACUUGCAAGAGCACUGGAGAUUCUGAAUAUUCACCCUUUUUCAAUGGAACAACAAUUCAUCUUCAGCCUGGUUCCCCAUGUGAUAAUUUCAAAGGAUACUGUGACAUGUUCUCGAAGUGCCGACAAGUUGAUGCAGAUGGCCCAUUGUCGAGAUUGAAAAAGGCAAUUUUAAAUCCAGAAUUAUACAGAACUAUAAAAGAGUGGAUUGUGCAAUACUGGUGGGCUGUCGUUCUCAUGUGUCUUGCGCUCGUCAUGUUAAUGGCAGGAUUUAUUAAACUCUGCAGUGUCCAUACUCCAAGUAAUAAUCCAAGGUUACCAAAGCACAGACAGUUGCCAGGUGCCGGUACUUUGAAACGAAGACGACAAGCUCAACAACGCCGCCAACAAAAUCAGAGAUCUCGUAUGAAUUAUGAAAUGAGAAUUCACUAACAAAAACACUGUUUUUAUACAAACUAUAUAAUCUUUCUUCACAAGCUUUACUCAAAAAUAAUCUGAAACUCUGAUAGGCUUUUGCUGCCUGUGUGAAUUGCCCUUUACCCCUCUGGUUUGUACUUUUGUAAAGGGAAGAUCUAUCACAGUGGUUCCCAACCUUUCAUGGCUCGUGGCCCCCUCCCUUGAAGUUUUCAGCACUCAUCACCCGUUUAUCAUUCCAGUGGUAUUCAAGGUUUUAUUCUAAUUGGUAGAUUCCAAAUCCCUUUAUGUUCAAACAAUUCAUGCUCAACAAAG